UGCACUCAACAAACCAAAUGAAGAUACGGGGUGGUCAUUCUCAUAAGUGGGCUAACGUAACCUUUGCCUGUAUGGCCGGUAAUUCGUAAGCCGCAGUGUAAUUGGUCGAUUGCUGUUUUGAGAAGGGGAUUCAUUGAGUAAUUCCAAUUUCCAAAGAACGAACAGUCAGCCAGAAUCUCUUUGAAGCAGCAACCGUUUAAUUUAGGGGGUGGCGUCUGUGUGACUGUUGCGUUUGCGAGGUUGUGCGUGCACGAAUUACUGGGGAAGUGGCACACAUUCGGAACCCGGUGCUCAGAUAUGCUGUCGAAAGCCUGUGCCGCUCGAGCUCGUUGUGGGGUAGACUCGGUUAAUAAACAGUCACAUUGACUAGAUAAGUACUGACCCAUUACAAACGGAAAGGACUGAAGUAGGCUAAUCGCGUCGCGCUCGGAAAAAGCAUCCAUUUCUGAGAGUGGGUUUUUUUAAAUCAUUAUUUUUACCAGGAUGAACAGAGCUGUAGCCGCCUGCUGGACGCUCGUACUGCUGUCGGCCUUCUUCUGCGAGACGGUGAUGUCGAAGGGCGGGCGGGGCGGGGCGAGGGGCGCGGCGCGGGGGAGCGCCCGCGGAUCGCGCACGCGGUUCAAGGCCCCGCGGCGCUACAGCUCGUCCCCGGGGAGGGUCGCCGGCGUCGCCGCGGCCGGAGCCGCCGCCGGGAUGGCCGCCGGGGCGUGGUACGGGUCGUCCUCGUCGUCUUUCGGCUCGGAGAGAGGGAACAGGACGGACGGCGACUUCUACAGCUACAGGACGUCGGGCUCCGCCCCGCGCGGGACGGCCCUCCUGCCGCUCCUCUCCCUGUUCGGUUCCGUCGGCUCGCUCACAUGCUUCGGCCUCUGACUUGCGCCGGCGCGCCUGGCUCAGGAGAGAAGUGAUACUUUACUUCAGGGCUGGACGACGUGCAACUCGAAUGCCACACAACACGUCGCCACACAGUGGCAGUCGUAUUCAGCAACGUUCAAAAUCAUCUAUUGCAACUGAAAUAAGCAAAGAGCAUAUAAUUGUCAUGGAGCGGUGUUGCUCUAAACUUUUGUUGUGGUAAAUUGUUCUGAAUGAUUCUGAAUGCAGUUAUGCCAUUAGAUAAUGUAAUGGUGUCCGGUACCUACAACGCUAAGUGUGCACAAGAGGCCCUGAUGUAAAGUAUUACUGAACAGCUAACUGUAUUGAUUUUUAUAAGUUAUAGUUUAGCAAAGUGCAGUGCAAAAUAAGUGUUAUUAAGGUAAAAUGGCUGUUAUCAAAACCACUGUUAAUUCCACACAAACAGGCUAUAUUAUUACAUAAGCUAUUGCUAUGCUAUUACUCUAUAAUGUAAAAAACAAUCAUUCCCCACUCUUCUGAUUUCCUAUGGGGUCCCACAAAAUGGUCGAUUCAUUUAAUACUUUUAACCAAUGCACUGCAUAAUUUACAUCCAGCAAACUGCAAAAUGUGGUCAUACAAUGCCCUUUAUUAGCGAAAACAGUGUUUAACUUGCUUAAUGUCUAUUUUAAAAAAAAUGUAUUAUGCAUUGGUAAAGUAAUGCAUUGGUGCCAAUUUAUACUUCAUUCCAUGGUGAAAUGCCGAAUAUAUUGAUUACACAGGGAAUAUGGAAGAACGAUCUCUAGCUCAAAAAAAACAAUGCAAAUAAUACUGAUUCUCAGUUACCAGUUAAAUCCUGUAUAUACAGUACAAAUUAGAUGUGUAGGCCUUGGCUCUCACUGAUUUCCUUGGGUAAUUCUUUCUACUCAAACAAAAUUCUGACCUUAAAACUUCAAUUCUACCUCGCGAUGAAGUCAUGGACUCAUAAAAUAGCAUAUUGGGUGGGUACAGGCUCUCUGCAACCCUAAAAGAUAAAGACUGCAUUCAAACCUACCAAAGGCCAGGAUUAAUUCUAUGAAAUAAUUGAUUUAAAAAAUCAAGACUUGCAUUCACAGCCAAUAUUGUAGGUAAUCUGAAAAAGCUUUGUACAAAUUUUUCCACAUUUUUUUGAUGGAGUGUUAGCUGCAGUAUCGGGCAGUUGAAUCCCACACAUUUCAGACUGCCGUCCCCAUUCAGAUGUUAAUUCCAUCGUCCGGGUGAGAAUCUGGAUUACCUUCUUCUAGAUCUCAGCGAGCUGUUGAUGGAACGGAAUCUAAAAAGCCUUUGGGCACUGUAGUUCUCUUGAGUAGGCUCUAUUCAGCACUGUAGUUCUCUUGAGAAGGCUCUAUUCAGCACUGUAGUUCUCUUGAGGAGGCUCUAUUCAGCACUGUAGUUCUCUUGAGAAGGCUCUAUUCAGCACUGUAGUUCUCUUGAGAAGGCUCUAUUCAGCACUGUAGUUCUCUUGAGGAGGCUCUAUUCAGCACUGUAGUUCUCUUGAGUAGGCUGUAUUCAGCACUGUGGUUCUGUUGAGGCAGAAUGGUCAUUGCUGACAUCCAACGAUGUAAAAGCCGAGAAAAAUGUUUAAAUGAGAGGUGCUGUCAUCUCCACAAAAAAGCCUUCAUCAACAUACACAUAUCUCUGCAUAUACUAGCAUAUACAUAUCGCUCUUAUAUGUGCUCAGUUUACAUGGCUAAUAUUGCUAAUGAUAACUACAUGUGCCAUGACAUUAAUUAUACCCAGCAUUAGUCUGUGGCAUAAAAGGUUGGGCCAUAUUCAGAGGAAUUGCCAUUUUGGUCGUAACUUUGAGUAUGAGAUUUAGCUACCCACUCAAGCCAAAAUUGUUAACUUUUAUUUUUUAUUUUUGGCUAAAGUAUGCUUUAAGCAGCAUGAAAACAGCAAAGCACACAUAUAGCGUAACAUUUAUAGCUUUGCGUUUGGUUAAUCUACUGAAAUUUAAAGGGCAAGUUGAGGACUAAUCAUAUGAGGUGACGUGACGUUGUCCUGCUGGACCACACAGCUCGGGCAGGGCGAUCCCCCUCAAGGCGAGAAGUGCCAAAAAAACGAGUUGUACGUCUGCUCUCAACUGCUCUUCACGAUGCCUACAUUACAUAGAUGUGCUGCUUUCAGACUUGAGCCAAAGCAGCCAUGGCACACCCACACAACCUAAUUCCAUUUCUGAAAGAACAGGUGGCAAAAAAAAGGAAAAAAAAAAAAAAGCAGAGCUUCUUGCCGCAGUGGGCCUUUAAUAAGCAAGCUGUGAGUCUCCCAAACGGAGCACCAGGCUAAAGGUACUCACGCAAAAGUAGGUUACCCAACACCAGUUACACAACUUGAGUCCUGUUGCGCUUGAACUACAACCCGAGAACUAGUCAUUCUGCUAUUCAUUGGUUAGCUACUAGUCGUUCACAGGGCUGACUGUGACGUGCUGCGUGACAACUUGCUCUUAAAAAACGGCUCUAUAAAGAGGGAGAACUGUCAGUCAAUCCGCGGCAGUGGAUUGAUUGACACAUAUGCCUACAUGUUGCUGUGAUGUGAUGGGCCUUCAGGGUGCAAUUGGUGAUUCCACAAUUGGACUGGUUGGUAAAAAUCUGUGGAUACAGAUACAGUUUAACAGCAGUCUUGGAUGAUUCAACAGUGAAAGCGAAAAAAGAUGUAAAAUAAAAAGGGGGGGGGAGGGGGUAUGGUUUUCGGGUGCUUAUGAGUUCAAUGGUUGUUGAAAGUAACUCAUAGUGCAAGCCACAUUGUGGUCUGAGCCUGAAUUUUUAAUGUUCACGCCUCCAAUUUUACGAUACAAGAAAUCUUUUAGAUUGUCCUGAACACUGUUUUGUAAACUCUGCACAGUAUAAAAUUCAGUGAGCUUCAAGUGAAAUCAAAAUCCGAUGACUGACCUUUCUCAAAAAUACAGAAUUUAAAUAAACUUGUCGUGUACCAGAGAGUAAAUUUAAUCAUGCACUGUAAUGUUUACAUAUUCAUUAUACUGAACAUCAAGUAUAUUUUGUAGAUUGACAUACAAUAUAUUUAGAGAAAUUAUAUUAAACUUUUACAAAUAUUUGCAAGUUUGAAGUUGUCAUUACACUGUAAAAAUGAUAUAAUCUUGUAUGAUAGAUUGAGUAGUUCUGAUUGACAGUGUUACUGAAAUACUUUAAUUACACUGCAACCUUUGUCACCCAAAUCCUUUUCGUAUCAAGUACAAAGUUUUGUAUUUUAUUGCUUUUACAAAUGUACUUUAAUUGCCAAUUUAUUGUGUCCUGCUGUUGACAUAAAAUUAGUCUAAAACAGAAGUUCAGUUCCAUGAAAGAAAAUUUUUUGUGAACGUAUGUUGCACUUGUAUAAAAAUGUUAAACACGCACUGAGGUUUGAACAUGUGGAACAAAUGAUUAUUCCAUUUCUUCAUAAAAAAAAUGAGAAUUUUAAGGCUUCUCCUCAUGGUUGGAUAAUUUUAUUAAAUUAAAAAUGUAAAUAUUACAUUUA